CUUGGAAUUGUGAAGACAAGGGAGCGGAUAAAACUUACUUCGUCUGAACUUUCUGUGAUUUUGUGUACUAUUUAUGAACUUCUGUGGCUAAAGGGUUACUUUUAUUUCCAGAAACUUACAUUUGACAAGAUGAAGAGCCUCAAGUAUCGAUUGAAAAAGCACGAAGUUACCAUCACAAACACAGACUGGAACAAGUAUGAUGAUCGACUGAUGAAGGCAGUGGAACGAGGCGAAGUGGACAAAGUUGCUUCCGUUCUCAGCAAGAAGGGCAUCAUCCCUACCAAACUUGAUGUAGAAGGACGCUCUGCGUUUCAUUUGGCAGCAACGCGAGGACAUCUGGACUGUCUCAACCUCAUCCUGGGACACAACGUUGAUGUCACAGCAAAAGAUGCCACUGGUAAAAAUGCUCUCCAUCUGGCUUCAAGGAAUGGACAUUCUCUGUGUGUGCAGAAACUCCUGCAGCACAACUGUCCAGUUGGAAACGUGGACCUACAAGGACGAACUGCUCUACAUGAUGCUGUAAUGGCAGGCUGCUCCUCCAGUGUGAAACUUCUCUGUGACAGCGGGGCUUCUGUGAAUGCCAGUGAUUUUGACGGCAGAACUCCUCUGAUACUGGCUACCCAGAUGUGUCAUCCACACAUUUGUCAGCUGCUGCUGGAACGAGGGGCUGACAUUUCUGUCCGAGACAAACAAAACAAGACUGUGCUGAUUCUGGGCUGUGAGUUUGGCUGCAAGGAUGCAGUGGAGGUAUUACUAAAGAAUGGCGCUGAUGUCAAGGCAGUGGAUAGCUUGGGUUACGAUGCGUUUCAUUAUGCUCGCCUCAGCAAAAACCCAGAGCUCAUUACAAUCGUCAAAAGUUACAUGGACAGAGCCACCCGGGAUAGAGAGGCUGCAAAAAUUGAACAGUGGAAACGACAGCAUUCAGUGGAGAGAUCAGAAGCUGAGGUUAACAGAAGGGAUCAGAUCAUACAUGAUCUUGAAAGGCAGAACGAGACCCUGCAGGAAAAUCUCCGAAAGUACCACCAGGAACAGAAAGUUCUGGUAGAUAAGGUCAACAUGCUGCAACAGAAACUCACACAGGAAAAAGUAGCCGUUGAAGACGCCCAAAAAGAGAAAGAGCAGCUGAAGGUUUUACUCAGUGCUAAAGAAAGAGAGGAUGGUGGUCGAGGCCCAGAGACUGUCAAAGUCCAGCUCCGGAGUGCUCUGGGGGAGUACUCUGGCCAGUCUGUUAUCAAAGGUAAAGAAAACAUUUUAGUCAAGCAAGCUCACAGCCUGGAUUCUGAUCAGAUGCUCCAGAACCCUGCUGUGUCACAUUCACUAUCCAGACCUCCGGAGAGGAGUCAGAGCACAGCAGGCUGGGACCACUCUGGUGAAGUGGAGGCACUUCGGCGUGAGCUUGACGUAGUUAAGAGAAGACAACAGGCAGCAGAAGAGGAGACGGCUCGGCUUCAGUCUGCACUGAACCGUAAAAACCGAGAGUGCCAGGACCUGAUUCAGAGCCGAGACACCGUUCAGAAACAGGCCGACCAGCAAGUUCAAGAACUGGAGGACGCCUUGGGGGAUGUUCAGAAGAGAAUGCUGGAUUCUGAGUGUAAAGUCAAACAGCUGCAAGCCCAUGUAGUUGCUGUGAAAGAACACUUAGGAGGGCAGGCAGCAGAAGAACUGCGUGUCCAGCUCCAGGAUGUCAAGGUCAAGUAUGAAGGUGCUUCAGCUGAAGUGGGCCGUGUUCGCAACCGACUCAAACAGAGCGAAAAAGCCUUAGAGGAAUACAAGAGCAGCGAGAGCCAGCUGGCAGCAGAGACGGAGAAGCUGAACAAAGAGCUGGGAGCACUGACCUCAGAACGAGAUGAACUUGCAGAAACCCUUUUAGCGAUGGAAGCCCAAGUGAAAGAAGCGCAGACUAAACAUGGAAACACCGUACCAGCUGAGAAGUUUGACAACAUGAAAAGCCUGUUGACCAAUGCAGUUGAUGAGAAAGAACGGCAGCUUGCUGAGCUGAGGGAAGACUAUGAUCGUGUGCUGGAAGAGGUGGCAGAUCUCCAUCGAAAGUUAGACAGUCCCUUGUUCCAGGGAGGAUCGGGAGUAAUGUCUGCCGAGGAGCAUCAAAGGAUACGGGCAGCUCUGGAAGAACAGAAUGCCUCACUGAAAAGGAAGCUGAUGGAUGUAACUACCAAGAGCCAGGAUCUUAUUCAGGAGCUCGAGGAGAGUGAGGAGGAGAGAGACAUGUUGCGAGAGCAGCUGGACGAGCUCAACAGCAGGAUUGUAAACAACUUCAUACCCAUAAAAGACCACGAAGAGAUUCAAACGAACAUGGUAACAGCUCUGGAAGACCUCAAGGACAAACUAGUGGAAGCCAGCGAGCGUUACGGAAAAGCAGAAGCACAGGUCCAGCAGCUUCAAACCGAGAGGACCUCGCUGCAGAAGGACAUUGGGAGUUUCCAAGAUGUCAGUAAGACGCAUCUGAGGGAAACAGAUGCUCUUAAGUCUCAGAAUGCCGACCUAAUGAAGAAACUUGAACUUCUAGAGAAGAGAUGUGAAGACAGAGAUAAAGAAUGUGAACAGCUGACCGUACAGAACCAGACUCUGAAACAGAGUAUGGAGGAACACUAUGUUCCCAGACAGCAGCAUGAGCAAGUGAAGAUGGAGCUAAGCUCUAUCUUAGAAAGCGUGAAAGCAGAUAAGUUGAAGUUGGAGACCAGGGACAAAGAAAGUGAGGAGGAACUUAAGAAUGUGAAAGAAGGAAAUAAGAAGUUGAAAGACCAAUUGGAAAAUGUUUUGCUGGAGAUGAAAAAAGACUAUAUAAGUAUGGAAGACCACAGAGCUGCAACAGAAAAGCUGAAUGCUGCUGUGGUUGUGGCAGAAAACAGAGCAAAUGAAGCAUCAGCAAUGCGUGCACUGGCUCAGGAGGAAGUAGUAAAGCUUACACAAGAACUGGAGGCCCAGAAGAAAGAACUGGACACAAUACAAGAUGCCAUUCAGUCAAAGUUUGUCCCACUAACAGCAGCGGAAGAGAAAGAAACCUCUUAUAGUGCCCAGGUGAAGCAGCUGACAGAGAAGCUGCUGGAAAUGGAACAAAAGUAUAAUGAAGAGAAGUCUGCCAGAGUGAGGAGUGAACAGGAGAAAGAGAAACUACAAGCUGAUAUGGAAGCUGUUGAGCUGAGAUUAAAGACAGUACUGGUUACCAGUGAAAAGCAGAAAGAAGUGAAGGAGGAGUUCAAGAAGAAACAAGAGGAACUGGCCCAAAAGUUGGUCAGCUUAGAGCAGCAGAACAAGGAGGUAACACAGCAGAAAGAUGAACUUCAAGACCAGAAUGCUCUCUGCAACACUAAGAUCCUGAAUCUCCAGGAGCGCCUGAAAUCAGAGUUGACUCGGAUAGCAACAUAUGACACGGAGCUCAAGACCUUCCAUGACACAUUGCAGCAAGUUCAGGCUGAUUGCAAGAAAGCAAGAGAGGCUCAGCAGGAGGAUGCCCAGAGGGUUUGUGCCUUACAGAAAGAACUUCAGGAACACCGCGAGGAUCAAGCUUCCCAACUACAACAACAUGCCAAGACCAAGGAAGCCCUGGAGGUCGAAGUCACUAAGCUUCAAAUGGCUCUUCGUGAAGAGGAAGAAAACAACGCCCAGAGGGCUGAAGACGUAUCUGCCCUGCAGUCUGAGCUCCUUCAAGCCACACAAGCUCUUGAAGAGACUCGCUGUAAAGAAGACCAAAUGAACCAGCUUAAGAAGGAGAAGCAGCAGCUGGAGGACGAGGUUGCCAACCUGAGCAACAAGCUGCAGAGCUUAGGAAAAGAAAGUGAAGAGGCCCAUCAGGAGGCAUCACAAGCCAGGGAGGGUGAGAGUAAGGCCAGGACUGAGAUGGAGGCCGUCCAGGAGAAGGGGCGAGUCAUUGAGAGGGAAAUCAGGGAGCUGAAAGAGAGGUAUGAUGAGUCGCUCGGCACCAUCUGUGAUCUUCAGAGGAGGAUUCAGACAUCAGCUCAGCAGACUGAAGCUAAAGACAAGAAGAUUACAGAGUUACUGACGGAUGUGGAGCGAUUGAAACAGGCACUGAAUGGCCUUUCUCAGCUGGCAUACACAAGCAAUGCACCAAAUAAGAGACAGAUGCAGCACAUCGACACUCUUCAAGCCCAGAUCAAGAGCCUACAGCAACAGCUGGCUGAUGCUGAGAGGCAACACAGAGAGGUGGUUUCAAUUUAUCGGACUCAUCUCCUGAGUGCAGCGCAGGGCCACAUGGAUGAGGACGUCCAGGCCGCCUUACUGCAGAUCAUCCGCAUGAGACAGGAGUUUGUGUGUUAAAGCUUCAAAACACCUGCUGACUCAAAUUCACCUUUGUCACAACUUUCCCUCUAAAUGUCCCUGCUGUGGCCCCUGGGAGUGCCCAGUGUGUGUGUGUGUGUGUGAGAGAGAAUGUGUUUGUGUGUGCACCUGUCAACAAGUUUCUCCCAAAAUGUUGUUAAAAAUUAAUUUUUCAUUUUAUUGCUGCCCUUUUAUUGCCAGAUAUUUAAGUCUCGGUACUUUUGGCACAAGAUGAGAAACUGCAGCUUUUAAAGAUACAAACAUGUUUGGCUUUAGUUUUGUUUUUGUUUUUUCAGUUCAGGCUGCAAACUGAACAGUAAAAACUAUUUUUUACUAACUUUAUCUCAUACAUAUAUGUCAAAUCUUGUAUAACUGCUGUUGCAAAUCUGUAUUUUCUGCAGCUUUUACCCAUUAUUUUCAGUAAUGUGGAAGUUAUUUGAAAUGUGGGUUCCUUCCAUAGACACACUCCUGAACUGUAACCUGGACAUGAACAGCAAGACCAUUUAAUCACAUUCCCACCUGACAGUCGACACUCAUGGUACAUGUUUUCAUAUUUACCUGCAAUAUUUGCUAGAAAUUAAAGGACAGAUUCAUUAAUUUUCAAUUCAAUACGAUGUGUACACAGAAAGACUUUCUGUAAUUAUUCCUCCUUACUAAACGGUGACAUAGAUGAUUUUGCAAAAACAAAUAGACAUUCAUUUAACUAUUAGUAUGUAGAAAAAUACUGUGAAAGUUAUAAUAUGACUGUAUUUGAAAGUGCUUAAUUAAGCAAAAAUAAAUUAAAAUGGUCAGUCUUUUGUUAGGGUAAACUGACUGUGCUUCUGCUGUGAUACCAAAAUUCUUUUUCUUUUAAAAUUGGGUGGUCUUAAACUCUGGAUUGAUGGCAUCAGAUUAAAGCAGACAAAAAGAAUAUGACCGACUAAAAUGUUAAUAGUAUACACGCCAAAAAUAUUUUGCCUUUAGUUCAUGAUUAUAGGGAAUAAACUCAGAAUUUAAAAUGUGUCGUAUGAUGAAUGAAAUCUUAGUAUUUUGAGACUUUAAUUUGAAGGUGUAAAGUGAAGUUGGUAGCAGAGGAGCAGAGUUUCACUCACACCUGUGGUUUUCUUUGCUAGUACUAGUGGGAAAGGGCCAUAGAGGGUUAGGGUUAAGAUUCCUCUGCAGUGAAUGCGGUGCAACAUGAGUAAAAUUUAUAGUAAAAUCUCUGCAGCUUCAGGAGAUAUUUUUACCAUGAUUGAGGCUUUGUUUUAGCCAUGAGUUAUUUAAUAAUUUUAUCUCCCAUUUCUUACACUGGAAUUGCUUCAGAGACUACUUUUCAGUCUGUAUGGGCUGACAGAGUAACAGCUACAGAUGCAUCAGUCAGUGCACACAUGGGCUUAUGAGGACAACAUUUUAAAACAUGUCAAGCUAUCCUUUAACCUUGUUCAUGUCAGUUGUUACACUUUUGCUUCUUUCUGUAAAACAGACUAUACUGUGGCACAGCUAUCAUGUUAUGAAGGUCCAAACUUGUCCAUUACCAAAGACCUGAAGUUGAUCCAAAACUUAAAACCUAUCGCCAUUUCUGUGGCUGGCAGGUUAUACGAGUCUGUCCAUUAGUCAUGCUGGAUUUGAGUCAGUGAAGAUCUCUUGCAGUGUCCCUAAAGUUUGCAGUGGAGCGUCAUCUUUUUCUUUUCUUUUCUUUUGUAUUUUUUUUUUUUUUUUUAACCAGAGUGUCCUCUAGUGGUGAGACUUGGCAGGCCAAGACAUGAUAAUAGACGUGGUGAUAAUCACUGUGGCCCAGGGGUGGGCAGUUGUUUCUGAAAGCUGUUCUUACUGCUCGUAACAGUAGGGGAAAUUAUUUAAAAAUGUCAGCUUCAUCUUCUAAUAUCUUACUCUGCAGAACUGCAGUAGAAUCUAACCUCUUAUAAGAUGUCUGUAGCUCGAUUAUUUUUGUAUAAAAAUGUAAUCUAUGUAGCGGUGAAUAUGGCAGCUGUUAGAACAACAUAAGCGUUCCCCUGGGCCAGCUCUGUGUGACUUCUGAUGGUGUAGUGUAGUGCUGUGAUUGUUGAGCGAGUCUCAUGCCUUUACACUGAUUUAUUUUUCAUAGCUUUGUACUAUUUUAAUUACUGUACAACAGUGUGACAAAUCUGAUUUUCAGCAGGUCUGGAAGUAUAGCGGCACAUAACGUUGAGGAUAAUGUUUCCUGGAGGACCCGAUUGGAUAUAUUUAUAUGAAAAAAAAUAUAUAGAUAUUCCCCCUUAAACAGUUAAUUAUUUGAAGCACUCCUAUCUUCACCUUUCUGCCGUUUGGCCAAACUUUUCCAGUUUAAACAGCAGCACCUUUUCCCUUUUCUUCUGCAGAUUGAAAGGAUUAACACUAACAUUUGGGGAUAUUGUUCUUCUCCCUUAGCUGUUAAAAGACUACAAACUGAAUCCAGUUUAAUCUCUAAAGAAGUGUAUUGUUUAACCAACGUGUUGUAACUGGAUGUUUUCUUUGGUAACAAUUUGUGUUUGUUAAGCAAUCAUACAAAAUCAAUAAAAGUGCCUAACAUAGAAAACUA